GCUGAAAACGAAGUGAAGGACAUGGUGCUGCUGCUCUUCCUCUCUCUGUUUCUCCUUCCCCUCUUUUAUCUCCUCUUCAAAUUCGCCACUGCUGAUGGCGAUUUUACGUUAACGUCAAAGAGGCAUGUAAAGCGCGAGGAAAUCGAAGACAAGGUGGUUUGGAUCACUGGAGCCAGCCGUGGAAUUGGUGAGGUUCUUGCUAAACAAUUGGCAAGUUUAGGGGCCAAGCUAAUACUUUCAGCAAGAAAUGAAGCUGAAUUAGAGCGAGUUAAGCGGCAACUUACUGGUAAACAUGCACCUGCGGAAGUGAAGAUUUUGCCCCUUGAUUUGACAUCUGGAGAAGCUUCCCUCAAGAAGGCUGUAGAUGAAGCAGAAUCCUCUUUCUCUGGUGUUGGUGUUGACUAUAUGAUCCACAAUGCAGCCUAUGAGCGCCCUAAAACAACAGCUUUGGAUGUGACAGAGGAAGGCCUAAAGGCUACAUUUGAUGUCAAUGUGCUUGGGACAAUCUCUCUUACACGGCUGCUGGCACCUUCAAUGUUGAGUCGGGGAAGAGGUCACUUUGUUGUGAUGAGCAGUGCUGCUGGAAAGACACCUGCACCUGGCCAAGCUGUCUACUCCGCUUCUAAAUAUGCCCUAAAUGGAUACUUCCAUACCUUGCGUUCUGAGCUUUGUCAGAAAGGGAUCAAGGUUACAGUUGUGUGUCCUGGGCCAAUAGAAACAUCAAAUGGUUCUGGAGCAAGAAACCUGGGACAGAAAUCUGAAAAGCAUGUGUCAGCACAAAGGUGUGCAGAGCUUACAAUCAUUGCUGCCUCCCAUGGUUUAAAGGAAGUUUGGAUAUCAUACCAGCCUGUGCUAGCUGUAAUGUAUCUGGUGCAGUACAUGCCUACAAUUGGCUAUUGGCUUAUGGACAAGGUUGGUGGACGGCGAGUUGAAGUUGCUGCUCAGAAAGGCGAUACUUACUCACUGAGCUUACUGUUUGGGAAAAAGAAGGCAACCUGAGCUUACUGAAAAGCUACAUUUGUUUUCCCAUGGUAGUUGUUUUUUAGAAUUUAAACAAAACGGCAGUUUCACACUUUCAGCCCUCGAUGUUUUAUGCGUACUUCAAAGAAUGCAACGUGUUGGCCUUCCUUGCCACGCCAUUGUCAAUAUAUACACAAUCACUUUGCAAAAUAAACUCUGUUUUUAGCUAAUUUGGUUGGAGAUUUGCCCAUCCUGUGUUUAAGGACAAAAGAACACUAACAU